AUGUCGGUCCUCCAGGAAGAAAAGUCCUCCCUCGAGGCCAAUACAUCAACUCCCUCUGCCCCGGCCGCCUCUGCCUCUGACCACCGUCCUGCUCUUUCCUCGGCUGGUAGUAGGACCACAAGAUCCCCUACGCGGUCCGAGCCCAACGCAGGCAACAGUAUUUCCGCGCCGGUAGCCGCGCCGAUCCCUGCCGGCAAGAAGACGCCGUCUAAGCUCGUCCGUGCCAACACGGCUUCCCUCAAGGAUGCCGACGACAGUCUCAGGGGUUCCGCAGUCGCCCGAGCUACACCUCCCCCGUCAGCUCCUUCUCCAGCCAACAGCACUGCCAUCGAUCCGCUGUCUCAGCACAUCUUCCUGAGGACAAACACCGACCACUCCAUACCCUCUCGACUACGAAAUCAACCUCGACCUGAAAGCCCCCUCGCCACCGAUGGUCUACCCAGGCCAAGCUCCGACCUCUCGACCAAGUUCAACACCCCCAUUACGGAUGCUGGCCGAGAUAAGAAGAAGACGGGCUCGUUCCUCAGCCGCCUGAGCAUGCGCGGCAGCAAGAGGAGAGAUGACGACGACGACGAAUCAGAAGUUAGUGAACAGCGCAUGGAGGGUGUCAAUGCCCUCGUCUUCGCCAAUUCGGGCGCAGGCGGCGGCUACAUCCCCAUCCACAAGGAACCUCCGCGCUACAUCAAGAUCAAAGCCCACAAUAAGAAGCACAAGGAAUUCGACCGCAUGUUCCUGGCUCAAGAGCUUGUCGGCACACGGCCACCAAAGACCGCCACCGAACUCAACGACAGUUAUCCGGUAGUCACCGUAUCAGUACCCGGUGGAGGGAGGAAGAGGGCCGAGACGGGUGGCGCCAUAUGGGCGUCAGAGUUCAGCAAGGAUGGCAAAUACUUUGCUGUUGCUGGCCGAGACAAGGUUGUUAGGAUAUGGGCCGUCAUCACCACCCACGAGGAGCGGCGGGCACACGAAGAAGAGGAGGCGGCCAGCGGAACGACGACUGGGGAGAGGCUUAGCGCGCCGGUCUUCAGGGAGAAGCCGAUAUGCGAAUUUGAGGGCCACACCGGCGAGGUGCUCGACAUCAGCUGGAGCAAGAACAACUUUCUGCUGUCUACCUCGAUGGAUAAGACGGUACGCCUGUGGCACAUGAGCCGCAAUGAGUGUUUGUGUACCUUUAAGCACAAGGAGCUCGUCAGCAAGGUCGCUUUCCAUCCGACAGACGAUCGGUUCUUUCUGGCGGGCAGCCUCGACGCAGCCUUGCGGUUGUGGAGCAUACCCGACAAAUCUGUUGCGUACUCGGCGCAGCUUACAGACUUGAUCACCGCAGUAGCCUUUUCCCCAGAUGGCAAAACGGCGAUCGCAGGCCAGCUGAGCGGCGUGUGCACCUUUUUCGAGACAGAGGGUCUCAAACUGCAAGCGCAAGUGCAUGUCCGGUCGUCGCGAGGCAAGAAUGCCAAGGGCAGCAAGAUCACGGGCAUCCAGACCUUGCAAGAGCCCAGCAAAGGCCGGCGCGAGGGCGACGUCAAGCUGCUAAUCACAUCGACAGACUCUCGCAUCCGCGUCUACAGUCUGCGAGACAAGACGCUGGAGAUGAAGCUCAAAGGCCACGAGCACACGUGUAGCCAGCUUUUCGCGAGCUUCAGCGACGACGGCGCCUACAUCAUCUGUGGCAGUGAAGAUCGCAAAGCCUUUAUAUGGAACACAAGCAGUACCGAGUCGGAGAACAGGGACAAGAAGCCGUGUGAAUACUUCAACGCCCAUAGCGACGUGGUCACGACGGCCGUGUUCGCCCCAACAAAGUCGCGUCAACUCCUUGGAAGCUCUGGUGAUCCGAUUUAUGAUCUCUGCAAUCCACCUCCCGUGACUCUCAUGUCGGUCGAAGAGACGACGACUUCCCAGCCCUCGGAAGACUUGAAUCAUGGCGCUGCUGAGACGAGCGCGCAGCCGCCGCCGACUGUCAAGAAACCCGAGGAGUCACCCGCGUACAUCGCCCGAUCGACUCACUACGACGGCAAUAUCCUCGUGACGACGGACGACAUGGGAAUCAUCAAGGUAUUCCGGCAGGACUGCGCCUGGGCCAAACGGAAACACGAGACGUGGGAGACGGGCUCUACCUUCAGCCGCCGCAUGGGCGGCUCUGGUCUCAUCGGCCGCAGCGCCUCCAUCAUCACUCGCACGAGCCAGGGCAGCGUCCCGCACUCGCGCCGCGGGUCGCUGUCCCAGCCUCCUGUCGGCUUCCCAGGCGUGGUAUCUGGCCCGCCGAGCGCGACGAGCACGCCGCAACUCGGUGGUCAUGAUCGCAUUCUCUCCUGGCGACAGGGCAUUGUCAGCCACGGCGGCCAGAGCCGGCCGGUGUCCAUGGUGACGCCGACACGCAGUGAGAGAUCGCUCUCCCCCGGCAAAGGCGCCAGGUCCGGGAUGCCCAUGUCUGCCAGCGCCGGUAACAUGGCGCGCAGCUCACCACUCGCUUCGCAAUUCAAUAUCAAAAGCGACCCCAUGAGUCCUCUCUCGGGCACAUUCAGCCACCUCAGCCUGACUAAGGAGGAGAGAUCGCAUGAAGAUCGAGAGAGCAUCCAGAAGAAGAAGAAGAACAGCAUAGACGCGAACAAGAAGGCUAGCCCCGAAGCGGGGCGGAGGAGCAAUGCUACAGAUGCGGGGGGGAGUAAAGAGAGGAAGAUGAGCUAUGAUGGUGUGAAUAAGACGUCGGGCAAGAGGGAUAAGGAUAAGGGUAUAGAAGACGAGCCGACACACCCGCCGACGCCGAGCUUCUCGUUCCGGCCUGCGGAUGUGGACGACGCGGAGGAAGACCACCUGAGGCUCGACCCCGCGGGUGCCAGCUACUCAUUCUGGAACCUGAACCGGUGGAAAGGCAUCGCAGGUCUCCGGGCGUCGAUCUCUGGGGCGCCGCCAGACGCCAGCAAGCAAAAUGGCCGGUCCUCGAGCGAAGCGCGCGAGGGCGAAACAUCACCCGGCGCGGCCGACGACGCGGGCGGUGGCUCCCGGCGCAAAUCCGCCGCAGGCUCGCUGUUCGGGAAGCCCUCGCCCCUGUCGCGCGGCGACUCGGUAUCCAUGGAUGCCGCGGCCGAGAACGGCGGCCGACGGCGGUCCUCGGCCGCGGCGGUAUCGCACGCCACAACGGACGAUGACGACGGGCGCCACCUUUCGCCGCACGGGGGCACCAGGCACCGCGGCCGGUCACCGCUCUCGGGCGGGUCGCGCGGGAACUCGAUCGUCAGCCGCCUGAGCUCGGAGCUGACGAGCGAGGAGGCGUCGGAGGCCGGACCCGAUGGCGAGGAGGAGGACAUGCGAUGCGCCAAGUGCGGGGGCAGGAAGUUCAAGGCCCGUCGCCUGGAGGGCUCGGCUCGGCAGAGGUUGGUGUGUGGCCGGUGUGGCAAGGUCGUCGACGAUUGA